GCAGACAAACCCAACCUCAACUUUGCCAGUGAUAAAAUGACUGUCCACUGCCCAGCAGCCUGCGCCAAGGAGGACUACACUGUGUACGGCACCUCAGUAUAUCGUGGGGAUUCCAACAUCUGUGCAGCGGCUAUCCACGCUGGAGUGGUUCUAAACGAGAACGGAGGAGACUGCACUCUGUUGAAAGCUGAAGGACAAGACUUCUACGCCGGUUCCACGAGGAAUGGCAUCACCUCAAGACAAUAUUCUGGAGACUACGAUGUGUCCUUCAGUUUUGCAGAUAGCGAGCUGAGGUGCUCAGGACUUGACUGGUAUGAGUUUGGAGAUUUCUGCUACAAACCUUUUGAAGACAAAAAGACGUGGCACGGUGCUCAGGACGCCUGCAGGGCCGAGGGCGCUGAGCUCGUAUCCAUCCUGUCGAUGACGGAGCAGACGUGGCUGGAGAGCUACUUGUACAUGGCCACCAGUGACGUGUGGACGGGUCUGAACGACCUGUUUAUCCCUGGUAUGUUCACGUGGUCUGAUGAACACAUCACCACCUUCACCUACUGGGCUCCAGGGGAACCCAACAACCACGACGGGUUCCACGAGGACUGUGUCGAGAUGUUGUACGAGACCGGCCGAUGGAACGAUGUCGCCUGUACAGAACUCAAUACCUACAUGUGCAAAGCUCCCAAAGCACAUUACCCAGCUCCCUCCGUGAAACCCACUGUUUAUGGAUGUCCUCAGGGCUGGGAUGCGUACGGCUACGGCUGCUACUGGAUGGAAGAGACGGCCAGGACCUGGUCUGAGGCUCAAGAGUUCUGUAAAGGGCAGAAAGGCUUCCUGCUGCACAUCGGAGACAUCUAUGAGCAGGCGCAUUUCACAGUGGUGAUGUCAGGAAAGACCGGUUUGUGGUGGAUUGGCCUGCGUGCUCGCGGGGGGGUCGGCGGAGGGGUGGACUACAUCUGGGACAACGGCUCUCCUUUCACCUUCAGUCACUGGGACAGAGACCAGCCAGAUAGCGGGGAUGGCACUUGUGUGGCUAUGACGUCGGGUUCGGCCGGUGCUUUCUGGGAUGACAAGCAGUGCACAGAGAAAUACAACUUCAUCUGUGAGACACCCAGACCCGAUAUCCACCCACCCACGAAGGCCCCGACUCCUCCUCCUUCACACGGCUGUGCUGACGGCUGGUCGGCGCUGCCCCACUUCAGGAGCUGUUACAAGCUCUUCCAUAAAGUGGACUGGUCCCAGAAGAAGAGCUGGGCAGGAGCACAUGAGGACUGUGUCGCCAGAGGAGCCAAUCUGGUCAGCAUCCACAAUCAGGAGGAGGAAGAUUUCCUGAGUCUGUACACCAAAGCCAGCAGCAAGUGGAUCGGCCUCAAGCACAACCCGACUGAAGGAGGAUAUUCUUGGAGUGACGGCACACCUCUGUCUCACACCAACUGGGGCUACGGGGAGCCGAACAACCACGAAGGCCGCGAGGAGUGUGUGGAGAUGGUGAGCAGCACCAACGGCACCGUGUCCUGGUGGAACGACCUCAACUGUGACGCUCAUCUGGACUGGAUCUGCAAGAUCGCUAAAGGAAAGGACCCCAUCCAGCCACCAGAACCCCCACCUCCUAUCCCAGCUCCGGAUUGUGGCACCAACCCCGGCUGGAGGAAGAACAACAACAUCUGCUACUACUACAAUGACACCAGCGUGGUCGACUUCUACCAGGCUUUGAUGGCCUGUUACGCAGAGAAGGCGCUGCUCGCGUCCAUCCACGACAAAAACGAACAGGCGUACGUUAAUAGCAUGGUGGGGACGGGGAAGGUUUCUGCAGCCUGGAUUGGAAUGAUGAUGUUUGGGAUAGCAAAUGGACAAUACAUGUGGGUCGACGGCUCCCCUGUGACGUUCACUCAGUGGAAUCCAGGUGAACCCAACAAUGCCAACGGGGAGGAGCAGUGUGUUCAGAUGAACAGACAUCACGGUGGAUGGAACGAUGCCAACUGUGGUCGGGCCGGAGCAGGUUUCGUAUGUAAGAAGCUUCCCGGAGAUGUCCACACUCCUCCUCCACCCACACAGCCCUGGGAGGGCAACUGUCCUGAGGGCUGGUUGCGCUUUGGGAGUAAGUGCUUCAUGUUCAGAGGGAAAAAAGAUGAUAUUCAGGCCAACUGGUCUUAUGCUCGGAGCUGGUGCAAAGAGCAAGGAGGCGACCUGGCAGUUAUUGAUACCCAGUAUGAGAACGACUUUGUGGCUAGUCACCUGAAGGACCUGCAUCACCCCACAUGGAUCGGCCUGUCAGAUCUCUUGGCUGAGAAUCAGUAUGCCUGGAGCGACGGGGUCAGUCCAGUCAAGUACACCAACUGGAAUGAGCAUGAGCCCAACAACGUAGGAGGAACGGAACACUGUGUUGCGAUGACUCACAACGUUCUAGUGAGCGGCAAGUGGAACGAUGACGCCUGUCACAAAGAUUACAGCUUCGCCUGCUCCAGGAAGAAAUCAAGCAGCGUCGACCCUCCUCCUCCAACCAAGAACCCCUGCCCGGCCGGCUACAUCUCCUGGUACGAGAACUGCUACAAGCUGGUGGAGACGCCGGCCACCUGGGACGAUGCCGAGGCGGCCUGCCAGAAGGAGGGAGGACACCUGGUCAGCAUCGACAUGAGCUACGACCAGGCCUUCGUCGCUGGAGUGGUGCUGCAGGGAAAAGCCAACGCCUGGAUCGGACUCAGGCGACAGGAGGAUGGCUCCUACAAGUGGACAGAUGGCUGGCCAGUUUUUUUCACUCAGUGGGGACCAGGAGAGCCCAGUAACAUCAAGGACGAGGGCUGCGUGAGCAUGCAGGAACAAUUCUAUUUCCACGGGACCUGGAACGACACCAAGUGUGAAGUAACUAAACCCUACAUCUGCAAGAUCUCCACAGCGAAACCGCCGCCGACUCCCGCCCCUGGUGAUGGGAAAUGUUUGCCAUUCUGGGUCCCCUACGGCCACCACUGCUACUCUGUGUACAACGGUCCGGAGGGCUUCUCUUGGCCGGACGCCCGACAUUACUGCCAGUCGGUCAGGACUGAGCUGGCCUCCAUUCACAGCAGAGCAGAGUUGGAGUUCAUCAGGAACAUGAACUACACCAAAAACCACAACAUCUGGAUCGGCCUCACCAGGGACAGCAACUUUGGCUGGGCCUGGACAGACAAGACGUCUCUGGGCUUCCUCAACUGGGCCCCUGGAGAGCCCAAUGCAGCCUUUCAUCCUGGGGAUGUAGCCGAGGAGAACUGUGUGGAGAUGUACCACGACGGCAACUGGAAUGACAACAACUGCCUGCAGAAGAGAGGCUUUGUUUGCCGCCACCGACAGUACUAUGCAACAGAUGAUGGCAAAAAUCCGAUUUUCCCCACUGAUGGUCCAAGUAGCAACGGCGGGGUGAUAGCCGGCGCCAUCAUUGGAGCCAUCUUGUUUUGCUGCUUGAUAGCUGGAGUGCUGUUCUACCUCUUCCGUGUGCGCGGGUAUAAAAUGAGCAGCUUGAGCUUUCCAACAAGAACAACCAGUAAAGUUGAUGUGCCGGCUUUCACCAACCCCAACUUCGCAGGAGAAUCGGACACAUAA